AAUGUUCGAUAUCGAUGAUAACAGUUAUGUAUGUGCCUGUGGAAAAAUGGGCGAAAUCAAAUCAUUAAAAACACUUGUAGAGCUUGUAGAAUUUCGAACAAUAUUAUGCAUUAGAACAAAAAAAUUUAACGUUACCUACCUACACCAAUAGUUUUAAUGGUUUUAUGUGAUCAUUUACAAUGAAAGUCUACCUCAGAUAGCAUUACGGAAAGCAGGACAUGAUCUUAAAAUGGAGUUUGCUGACAAAAUUAGAAUACCAAAGUUGAACGGGGUGACUAUGAGAGGUCCACACAUAUCCAACCCUAGUACUGGGACACUAGUCAUUACUGGUCAUCAUUUAAUAUUUUCAUCAAGAUCUGAGGACGUAGAACUAUGGAUUUUGAACCGUAAUAUUGACAUUGUGGAGAAAAAACUAAAUUCAAUUACUUUAAAAUGUAAGGACUUUAGAAUUAUUGUUUUUGAUAUGCCGUAUAUUGAACAAGCUACCUCUGUGGCUGCAUCUAUUGAGUCACUCAUAAUGACAGAUGAAGCAGAUUACCUACACCAUAUGUUUUCAAAUAAAAGUAAUGAAUAUCGUUCACCAUUUGAUGUACAAUCUCAAUGUGAAAAACUAGUUGCUGGUGAUUCAAUGUGGAGAAUAUCUCAAGUCAAUAAAUCUUAUAGAGUUUGUGGUACCUACCCUGAAUUGACUGUGGUUCCGUCUAAUGUUGAUGAUACCAUGUUGAUUGCUUCUGCUAAGUUUCGACAAAAUGGUCGAUUUCCAGUUUUGAGUUAUCGUCAUGAAAAAGGCAGUGUGUUAAUGAGAAGCAGUCAGCCUUUAGUUGGUUCAAGUUCUAAACGUUGUAAACAAGAUGAACGUGUUAUUAAUUCUGUACUUGGUCCUGGAAAAAGAGGGUAUAUAAUUGAUACCCGCAGUGUUGCUAAUGCUACAAAUGCUAAAGCUCGUGGAGGUGGAUUUGAAAUGGAAGCUCACUAUCCUCAGUGGAGACGAGUAAAUUCAGCUCUUGAACGUCAUAAUGUUUUAUUGGACAGCUUGUCAAAAAUAAUUGAAGCUUGUAAUGAUACAACAUGUACUAUAGAGCGAUGGCUUAACAAAUUAAAUGGGAGUGAAUGGCUAUCCCAUGUCAAAGAUACAUUAAAUGCAGCUUGUUUAGUUGCACAAUGUUUAAAUAAAGAACGAGCUUCGGUAUUGGUUCAUGGAUCAGAAAGCACAGAUGCAACAUUGGUAUUAAUAUCAUUAACUCAAUUGAUAUUAAACCCAGAAUGUCGAACAAUUGUAGGAUUUGAAUCACUAAUUGAAAGAGAAUGGCUUCAAGCUGGACACCCAUUUGAAACUCGCCAUAAAAGUGGUUGUUAUAACGCAGCUCGUUCAAAAGUAUCUUCAUCGUCUUCAUCAAAAAUUUUCCAUCAUGGAUCAGGGGCCACUUUUUUAUUAUUUCUAGACUGUACAUGGCAAAUACACAAUCAAUUUCCAUGCUGUUUUCAGUUUUCAACAAAUUUUUUAUCAUCACUAGUUGAUCAUUCAUAUUGUUCAGAUUUUAGUACAUUUUAUGGUAAUUGUGAGUCUGAUCGGAAAAAUAAUCAAUAUGGAAAACCAAAUUUAUGGUCGCACUUUGAUCAAAAAAUUGAUGAAAUUAGCAAUCCUCUAUACUUACAUACAAAUAAUGUGAUUUGGCCUUCUGUUGCUCCAUUUAGUAUAGAAUUGUGGAGAGAUAUGUACUUAAGAUGGUCUAUUGAUCAAACACACCAAAAAAAGUAUAAAAAAUCAAUUGAUGAUUUAAUAAAACGGAAUAAGGAACUAAAAGUCUUAGCUACAAAAUUACUCAACGAGACUCAAGAUUCUGGUAACAAAUCUACAUAAUUAAUUAAUUAUAUUUUCUAUAUUAUUCAUACAGGUACCAAUAAUUAUUUAAUGAUAUGUUAUUAUUUUUUUUUAUGCCAUUUAAUUUGUAAAUUAACUGUAGAAUCUAUAAUAUAUUUAUUACUAUGUAUAUUAUUAUUUAUUUCUAUUGAAACGAUACUGUACCAAUUUACCUGAAAAUAAAUAACUUGAUAACCUAUAUAAGUGUUAAAGAACAAAGGUCACCAUUUUAAAAUUUACCAGUCAAAAA